AUGGGAAAGAAGAGCUAUCAGAACUAUGGGAAGACGUUCCGUAAGCCAAAGCGCCCGUUCGAGAAGGAGCGUUUGGACGGCGAGAUGAAGAUCAUUGGUGAGUACGGCUUGAAGAACAAGCGCGAGGUGUGGCGUGUGCAGUACGCGAAUUUCAUGGGCGCGGCUCCCGAGCACCGAGCUACGUUCGGUCAUCUGAGCUGCAUCCCAACCUUUGCAGAUGGCCCCAGGCUGGCCAAGAUCCGCACUGCGGCACGCACACUCCUUACGCAAGAGGAGCGCAGCGAGACGCGUAUCUUCCAGGGUGAAGCUCUGCUCCGGCGAAUGGUGCGCAUGGGCCUGCUGCUGGAGUCCGAGAAGAAGCUGGAUUUCGUGCUGGGCCUCACCACUGCCAAGAUCAUGGAGCGCAGGCUGCAGACCAAGGUCUUUAAGCUGGGCCUUGCCAAGUCCAUCCACCAUGCGCGCACGCUCAUCCGCCAGCGCCACAUCCGAGUGGGCAAGCAAAUCUGCGACAUCCCUUCCUUCCUGGUCCGCCUUGACAGCGAGAAGCACAUCGACUUCGCCCUGACCUCGCCCUUCGGUGGCGGCCGCCCAGGCCGUGUGCGCCGCAAGAUGAUGGCCUCCAAAGGCGGCGGCGGAGGCGGCGGCGGCGACGAGGAAGAGGAUUAG